AUGAGGAUUUCUUCUGGCGACUGCUUUCUGUUGAUGUUCUCUGGCUUUUGGGGACUGACAAUGGGAGCUUUCCCGAGCAGCGUUCAGAUCGGCGGUCUGUUCAUCAGAAACACUGAUCAGGAGUACACUGCCUUUCGUUUGGCAAUCUUCCUGCACAACACCAGCCCGAACGCCUCGGAAGCCCCGUUCAACCUGGUGCCUCACGUGGACAACAUCGAGACGGCCAACAGCUUCGCCGUCACCAACGCCUUUUGCUCCCAGUACUCCCGCGGUGUCUUCGCCAUCUUCGGCCUGUACGACAAGCGCUCGGUCCACACGUUGACGUCCUUCUGCAGCGCGCUGCACAUCUCCCUCAUCACGCCCAGCUUCCCCACCGAGGGCGAGAGCCAGUUCACCCUGCAGCUCCGGCCGUCCAUCCGGGGGGCUCUCCUGUCCCUCCUCGACCACUACGACUGGAACAAGUUCGUCUUCCUGUACGACACCGACCGAGGAUACGCCAUCCUGCAGGCCAUCAUGGAGAAGGCCGGACAAAACAACUGGCAGGUCAGCGCCAUCUGCGUGGAGAACUUCAACGACGCCAAUUACCGGCGACUGCUGGAGGAUCUGGACCGGAGGCAGGAGAAGAAGUUUGUGAUCGACCUCGAGGCGGAGAGACUGCAGAACAUGCUGGAACAGAUUGUCAGCGUGGGGAAACAUGUCAAAGGCUACCAUUACAUCAUGGCCAACCUGGGUUUCAAGGACAUCAACCUGGAGCGCUUCAUGCACGGCGGCGCCAACGUCACCGGCUUCCAGCUGGUCGACUUCAGCAACCCCAUGGUCAUCAAACUGAUGCAGCGCUGGAACAAGCUGGAUCAGAGGGAGUACCCGGGCUCGGACGCCCCGCCCAAAUACACCUCGGCGCUGACGUACGACGGCGUGAUGGUGAUGGCCGAGGCCUUCAGGAACCUGCGCAGGCAGAAGGUGGACAUUUCCAGACGCGGGAACGCCGGCGACUGUCUGGCCAACCCCGCCGCCCCGUGGAACCAGGGCAUCGACAUGGAGCGCACCCUCAAACAGGUCCGGUUGCAGGGAUUAACAGGUAAUGUCCAGUUUGACCACUAUGGCCGCAGGGUCAACUACACAAUGGACGUGUUUGAGCUGAAGAAUAAUGGACCCCGGCGGAUCGGCUACUGGAACGACGCAGACAAACUGGUGCUGAUCCAGGACUCUCCGCUGCUUCCAAAUGACACUUCAGGCAUGGAGAACCGCACCGUUGUAGUUACCACCAUUAUGGAGGGUCCCUAUGUGAUGCUUAAGAAGAACUGGGAGAUGUACGAGGGCAACGACCAGUACGAGGGUUACUGCGUGGACCUGGCCUCGGAGAUCGCCAAACACAUCGGCAUCAAGUACAAAAUCUCCAUCGUUCCCGACGGGAAGUACGGCGCCAGGGACCCGGAGACGAAGAUCUGGAACGGCAUGGUCGGGGAGCUGGUGUACGGGAAAGCGGAAAUCGCCGUGGCCCCUUUGACUAUCACGUUGGUCCGGGAGGAGGUGAUCGACUUCUCCAAGCCCUUCAUGUCGCUGGGCAUUUCCAUCAUGAUCAAGAAGCCCCAAAAAUCCAAACCGGGGGUGUUCUCCUUCCUGGACCCGUUGGCCUACGAGAUCUGGAUGUGCAUCGUGUUCGCCUACAUCGGCGUGAGCGUGGUGCUCUUCCUGGUCAGCCGCUUCAGCCCGUACGAAUGGCACACCGAGGAGCCCGAGGAGGGCACCGACGGUCCGCCAAGCGACCAGCCCCCCAAUGAGUUUGGCAUCUUCAACUCGCUCUGGUUCUCCCUGGGCGCCUUCAUGCAGCAGGGCUGCGACAUCUCCCCCAGAUCGUUAUCUGGUCGCAUCGUGGGAGGGGUGUGGUGGUUCUUCACUCUCAUCAUCAUCUCGUCCUACACGGCCAACCUGGCUGCCUUCCUCACCGUGGAGAGGAUGGUUUCUCCCAUUGAGAGCGCCGAGGAUCUGGCCAAGCAGACGGACAUCGCCUACGGCACUCUGGACUCUGGCUCCACCAAAGAGUUCUUCAGGCGGUCAAAAAUCGCCGUGUACGAGAAGAUGUGGGGGUACAUGAAGUCGGCCGAGCCCACGGUCUUCACCAAGACCACGGCCGAGGGCGUGGCGCGGGUCCGCAAGUCCAAAGGGAAAUACGCCUUCCUGCUGGAGUCCACCAUGAACGAGUACACAGAGCAACGCAAGCCGUGCGACACAAUGAAAGUGGGAGGAAACUUGGACUCCAAAGGCUACGGAGUAGCUACACCCAAGGGUUCACAGUUAAGAAGUGCAGUUAACCUGGCAGUGUUAAAACUCAAUGAGCAAGGCCUGUUGGACAAAUUGAAAAACAAGUGGUGGUACGACAAAGGAGAGUGUGGCAGCGGAGGCGGUGGCGAGAAGGACAAGUCGUCCCAGGCCCUCAGCCUGAGCAACGUGGCGGGGGUCUUCUACAUCCUCGUCGGGGGCCUGGGCCUGGCCAUGCUGGUGGCCCUCAUUGAAUUCUGCUACAAGUCGCGCAACGAGGCCAAGAGAAUGAAGCUCACAUUUACAGAAGCCAUGAGGAACAAGGCCCGCCUGUCCAUCACAGGCAGCGUCGGGGAGAACGGACGGGUGCUGACGCCCGACUGUCCCAAGGCCGUCCACGCCGGGCCCCCCCUCCGCCAGAGCUCCGGCCUCGCCCUGGUCUCCUCCGAGCUCCCGUGAAAACCAAAAACCUCUCAAGUGCCUUAUUCCAGUAACGAGACAAACAAUAAUCACACCGCCCACGAGACGACCGGAAACUAAUCGCAAAGAAACAGGAUUCACACACCCGACAGGCCUCCUUCGGUGGGCGAGGGGGGGCCGACAGGCGCAAACAACAAAUCCCACUGCUGGAGGUCACGACCUGUUGCGCGUCAGCGAUUUCUCUCAGAAAUCUGCGGAAACCAGAGGCAGAACGAUCUCGACUCUUCGGCUGCGCGGCGACGCGUCGCACGUUCGAAUCGAACCUUUCCCACCGCGGCGAUGGAAGAGGAACAGAGGGGGGGAGGAAAACCAAUAAUAUCAUGGAAUAUGAUACGGACGAAGACCUGAAAACUGUAAACUUGAAACUCAAAACUGUGCUU